AUGGAGUGGUACCGUUCAAGUCGCGCAACAAAGUCGGAGAAGAAAGCCCGGCGAAGGGAGACGGAGCAAACACAACUGGAUUGGCAUCGUAGUCGGGCUGAAGCCCGCCAGCUUGCUUCAAUGCUCCGUGCGAAGCUUCCGCGAGAGCUUCGUGAUGCGGUAUACGCGUACGCUUGCGUCGAGGAUUACACUAUCAUGGAUCAUGAGGCACCCAAAUUACGUCAUUAUCUCCACGGCGACGGCAAAGGGGUUUCCGAACAUGACUCCGAGAAGAGCGUAUGCAGUAUCGAUCCAGAUCGCCUUACCGAGGAAGCAUUGAGGAAUGGCGACCAAGGAUCAGUUCUGGAAGAUGAUAACACUGGCUGGAUGUUCAAUAUCGACACAGAUUGCCUCGCGGGGGAAGCAUUAAGCGACGAGAUGCCACGCAACUGCAUCCUGGAUCCGGACUUUGUUGGCAAAGAUGUUGCACUUGAAGCCGCCGAGGUAUAUUACUCGCAGAACAUGUUUGACGUUAACCACCACCGCCACCUGUCUGCGUUCCUCACGCACGACCCUUUCGACGCAGGUUUCGCACCGUAUGAACACAUAUGCAAGCUUACGGUCAUUGUGAAUCUCCAAACCCCCUACUUGGUCGGGUAUACGAUGCAUGACAUUAAGGGAGAGAUGGAAACCUUGGAAGAGGUCUAUACCACUCUCGAGCGCGGCUUUGCCCUGUUUUCCUCCAAACGUCAACGGGAAAUACAUGUCAGGAUUGAAACCGAGUUGAUUUCCCUCGGAGAAGAUGCCGACCACGACCACGAACGCCGUCUGCAUAAUAUCCUAGAAGCUGUGAGGAAGCCUGUAUAUGACCUCAUGCACUGCUACGGCUGUAAAGUCUCGGUCUUUCAUGACGACCGGUCUUUCGUGCUCGCCGAUAUUACUCACUAUUUCCGUUUGACGUCUGAGGAAUGGCAGGAGGAGAAGGAUGGAAUGCAGAGAAGUUCGAACGGUUGGAAUCAUGCAGCACAUUGCUUGAGCCCUUGGGCGUGCGACGAAGAACUACUCAGCUGCAUCACGCUGCAUCGAUGGGGCGUGUCAUGCGUGCUCGAUGUGGAGGCAAGAGAACGGCCAGAGGAUGAGUUCGGGGACUCUGACUACUUUCCUGGAGGCUAUUACUUAGAUGACAACGAGAGUAUGGUCUACGGGUACGAUUCAGGAGACGACUAUGAGUCGGAUUACGAGUAUGAGUCAGACUAUAUGGACCAGUGGCACGCGAGCCUCCGGGCCGCGAUCGGUAGAGAACACGUCAAGAAGGCGAAUAGAGAGAAGAGGGGAACAGGAAGUGAUGAAGAGGACGAGUGGGUGACUGAGAGCGAGGAUGAAGAUGAGUAG